GGCUCAACCAGCGGCAGUGAGGUCCUUACAAGCUACAAGUGUAGCACCACAAGUGUGGCGUAUGGUUCCGCGUUCGACUCUGACAAGUGUCAGGGCGUUCCCGAGGGCGUUGUUUUUUUGCAUCUUUUAUGUUGUUUUCGUUUCCUCUUUCUUUUCUUUCUGUGUGCGCCCUCUUCCUUUUCUCAUACGCGCCUUGCUCUUUCUCGCACACAUUCUUCUUACUUUCCAGUUCGCGUCGACGUAACUUUAUUGAGUAAGGCUCCUCUUCUUUUUUUUUUUCCCUCCCCCUCUUUCUUUUCUCUCAUCAACGUACUUUCAUCAAGCAAGACCCUCCUCACGACUAAAAGCAACAGCAAAGAUGAGCACCACGACCACUUCCUUGCAACUCCUCGUCCUCCUCCUGCCCGACCUCAUCCGGGAAACCCCCCUCCCCCUCCGUGGCCUUCUCAUCGCGACAAUCCUCAAGUCGUGCUCUUGUGCUGGCGCUCCAGCACCCCGCCCAGCUCGCUUUGCCCGCGCCUCCUUCGCCCGCAGCCUCCUCACGAACGCGACGUUGUGGAGGUGGUACCUCCAGGUUCGCUACCUCGUUGGCCUGACCUCGGCCUGGCAACUGGUCAUUGCCGAGUUCCUUCCCCUUCCUCGCCCUCGGGAUCUGUCGCCUGCCCCUGGGUUUCGCGACCCUCAUCACCUUGGGCUGAAGAUGAUGGGCUGGUACUUGCGGGCUCGCGAGAGCACCCACCGCGCAGCCAGUAGGUAUCUCUACGCUGCGGAACAUAUCAUCCGUCUUUAUUAUAUACUUUUCGGCGCCCUUGUGCUCCCUUCUUUCCGUUCCUUCCGCGGCACUACCGGCAGAUGAUCGUCGACAAAAUGCUCUCGAUCGAAGUCGAAUUGCUCGUCGAAAUCGAGGUCUACGAGUAAAUCAGAGAUGGGAUGGUUGUAUAAGUUGUC